GCAGCGAACGAGCGCCAGUCGGAUUCACGAUAAAGCACACGGACUCGACGUCCUGCGUCAAGAAGCGUCCUCCGAAAAUCGAGCAUUCUUGUUUGCUCAGCGUCCUCUCACCGGACUGGCGAGACAGCGGGAAUCCGCCUGAACGCAGCAACGCGUCCAAGGCUGUCGCGCGGCCUCAAAACUGAGCAAGAUUGCCGCAGGCGGCCAGCUCGUGGAAGCCGCUCAAGCAAAGCAACCGAAGCAACCACUGCGACCAAACCCGGCGCCGCCCAGCUGCCACUAACGUCUGCUGUGGACCUGAGACAUCACUGCACGUCCAACGCUUUGAUCUCAUUGUCACAGCUGUCAUUUGGCUUUCAUGGCGACUCCCGUCAAGACAGAAAGCUCGCAGCGCACAACAUCGGAUGAAGAGCGGACACAAGCCGAAGGCUCCACCGAAUCCGGAUGUCAGCCGCCCCAACAUGGAAUCCCACAGGUGCUCGACCGGCCGUUGCAGCCGCAGCAGACAGAACCCCGGAGCGAUUCCGAUCAGCUUCAGGAGCUUGUCGCUCGGACAGCGCCCGACGAGCCCUCAGAGCUCGUUGUCCCUCCCAGCGUGCUCCGAGCGUCCGAAAAUCCGCAGCACCCCGCCGAUGUUGCGCGGCGAAUGUCCGACGAAUUGAGUGAGCGCGGUGUCCGAAAAAUGCCCGCUUAUGGACAGCAUCCUCAGCCGCAACGCUCUCGGUCCAUGCCGACCUUACUGGGUUCGUCGGCUCGAGCCAACUUCAUCGAUACGCAAUCGCACAUGCGUCACAGCAGCGCGGGCAGCAUUGGUACGCCGGGCUCAUCUGGGGCCACGCAAAGGCCAUCGUCCUGGAUUACACCUAGAGGUUCCGGCCUAGAGAGCGGCCGCCCCACGCACCUGGCUCCCGCGGUCGCGGCUGCGGCGGCGGCCAUGCAGACCCCGUUGUCGGCACGUCGGACGUCCCAAGGCAGCAGCUUCACGAGCGGCAUGAUGCGUUCGCGUCAACGUCCGUUAACGCCGUUCUGCUACGCCCUGGUUUCCGCCUUGUGCCUGGUGGUGUGUCUGGCCGUGCUGUUCGCCUUCCUGGCGUCGCUUCUAGACGGCGGCGAAACGGGCCAAGCGGCGACGUGCACGACUCACGCGUGCCGCGAGUACGCUCAGCGGCUGCUCGCCUCGCUGAACUCGUCGGUGGAUCCGUGCCACAGCUUCACGCGAUACGUGUGCGACGGCUGGCGGAGGCGCCAAUUGCUCGGCGUCCAGGAGGAGGCCUUCGGUGCCGCCAAUGAGAGGAUUGCGCGCAUCGUACGCACCAUUGACGUGCCUCCCUCGGGACAGAACCCGCUCGAGCGGGCGGCCAUGCUUUACAGGAGUUGCAUCGCCGUGCUGACGACACCGACGGGCGAGUUCGCCGACGUGAAGGCCGCACUGCGCGCUGCCGGUGUAAUGUGGCCUCACCAACCGCCUCCGAUUGAACGACGAGACCUGCUGCGCAUGAUGUUCCACUGCGACUACACGCUGGGAUGGAGCGCCGUGUUCCGUGUCGACCCUGAGCUGUACCAGAACUCGACCAAGGCGUAUGUGCUCACCGACUCGGGCUUCAACUUCAUCGUGCGCAAGUACCACGAGCGGAACUCGGAGGCGCACCGCGAGCACUACUUCAGCCGCCUUCGGAACGCGUUUCUUGACAAGGACGAAGACGCCGCCUCGGACGUCGUCACUUUCAAGGAGAUGCAGCAGCUUGAGGAAAAAAUGUUCGGUCCGCUGAUAGCAGCUUUCCACAAGAACGCGCCGAAAGCUUCAGUGGUGCCUGAUGACGUGGUGUACAAUCCAUCGGCCAACCUGUCACUGGACCGGUGGACGGAGGUGUUACAGAAUGAAGGCGUCGAGCUGGUCGGGCAACUAGAGUUCCGCACGUGGAACCUACCCUUCCUCAGCACCUUCGUUAACCUGUUGGCGGAACACGGAGAGCUGGACAUGUACGCCUACGCAUCCUGGUGCACGGUGCAGGUGGCGGCACUGUUUGCUAACGGCGAGCUCGUCGUGAACUUCUACGGGCAUCCGCAGCGAGCGCUGGUCUUGCACGGAGCGUUCUGCCUGAGCCGCGCCUACAUCGCCGCCGGCAAGGCGCUGCUGUCUAACUACGCCCGAGAAGUACUACCUGUGGUAGCGCGCUCCCACGCAGAGUCCAUCACAUUGGCCGUGCGCGCCUAUUUCAUGGAACGCCUGUCCACCUGGCCUGACUACGACGCCAACGUGAGCGUGAUAUGGAACAUGACCUACAUCAAGCUUGCUUUCAGCAUCUUCGCGCCGCUACCUAAGGUUAACUUCACCGACAUCAUCGUGGGUGAGAUGGGCGACUCGUUCCUGCAGAACUGGCACAACGCGUGGUUGUCGCGCACUGACUUCCGCGGCAUCGACAUCAAGAUUGCCAUCACGGCCAUCGAGACCCUGGCUUUCUCUGCGGACAUCGAGUAUCGCAAGGACUUCAUCUUGAUGCCCUACAUCUUCUCUUUCCCCUACUACGACAUGAACGCAAUGUCACCCGUUAACUACGGCGGGUUUGGCGCUCAGGUGGCCUUUGCUGCGGGACGGAGGUUCCACAACUCGUACCUGAGCGCGGGCGCCGGCCGGACCUCUUUCAGCACAUUCCGGUCGUGCAUCUCGAACCGCUCGAAAUACGCCGAGCGCACAGACGCGGCCUCGUUAUUUGCCGAGGUCGUUUCUAUGGGUGCCCUGGUAGACGCGUACCGCAACGCAAGUGAUAACCGGCGCCUCGUUCUCCUGGAGCACAUGACGGACGAGCAGCUUCUCUUCAUCGCCAUCUGCUACGCCAAGUGCAUCGGCAGCUACUACAUCGUCAACGAUUCGAUGUGCAAUGUGGUGCUGCAGAAUGUACCGGAGUUCUCCGAGGCCUUCGGCUGCGCGCCGGGCACCCCCAUGAACCCGCACCAGCAGUGCAAGCUCUUGUGAACGCGGCCUCUUGGCUGCGGUCGCGUGUCGUAGUAUAUGAAGUGUGAUAAAGACAAAUCCUGAAAUACGUUUUGGAAGUGUUGAACUCAGUGGCGAUGCUUUCGAUUAUGAUCGGCUAAACACUUUCCUCAGGACUGCAGUGCGUGCUGCGUU